CACCGUCUCAUCCCCUGCUUUCCUGAACUUGUAUGCCGUCGUCCGCCUGAAAAUUCCCGUCCAAUUCCCGUCCUGGAAAUUCGAAUCAGCUUCUGAGUUUGUCUGCAAAUACGUCUUGCACUUUUGGGUAUGUUGGUGCAGAGAAGAGGGGUGAUGAGCUGGAGGAGAGUGGCGAAGUCGCUCCAGGCGCUUGUAGCCCAUGCCUUCCUCUUCUCUUUCACGCUUUUGCUUGCUCUCAAGCUCGAUCAUGCCGUCACUUAUUCUUGGUGGGUUAUUUUUGCACCUUUGUGGCUUUUCCAUGCAGUUGUAGCACGUGGCAGGUUUUCUUUACCUGCUCCAUCAGCUCCUCAUGAUCGUCAUUGGGCUCCAUUUCAUGCAAUCAUGGCAACACCUUUUCUAGUUGCUUUUGAGCUACUCUUAUGCAUACAUCUUGAGAACAGUUAUGUUGUCAAUUUGAAGAUUGUUUUCCUGCCCCUGCUUGCUUUUGAAAUAGCCAUCCUGGUUGAUAAUAUCAGGAUGUGUAGGGCUUUGAUGCCUGGGGAUGAGGAAAGCAUGACUGAUGAAGUGAUAUGGGAGACUCUUCCUCACUUUUGGGUGGCGAUAUCUAUGGUCUUCUUCAUUGCUGCCACAACAUUUACUCUUUUAAAGUUAUGUGGCGAUGUUGCUGCCCUAGGUUGGUGGGAUCUAUUUAUAAAUUUUGGUAUUGCAGAGUGCUUUGCCUUCCUUGUUUGCACAAAGUGGUAUAAUCCAGCAAUUCAUAGGAAUUCUCACCUUGGAGAACCCAGUUCAUCUUCAAUGACUAUAAGAUACCUUGACUGGAACAGAGGAUUAGUAGUGUCUUCUGAUGAAGACCGACAGCUGAACGGUAGAAUAUGCAACCUGCAAGAUAUUGGUGGACAUGUUAUGAAAAUUCCAUUUAUUAGUUUCCAGAUCCUGCUUUUCAUGCACUUAGAGGGAACGCCACCCAGUGUAAAAAAUAUACCACCUCCAGUUCUUUUUGCUCCUCUUUUGCUGUUGCAAGGAGCUGGAGUUUUGUUUGCUGCAUACAGAUUGGUGGAAAAAGUUGUUCUUUUACUACAUACUGAAGCUGGUUCUGAAAGAUACUUUAAUAUAUCAUCGAGAAUUAGUGAAUUGCUUGGGUUCUUGCGCCAUGGUUCAAGGUUGCUGGGUUGGUGGUCAAUUGAUGAAGGAAGUCGAGAAGAACAGGCUAGACUUUAUUGUGCAGAGGCAUCAGGGUACAACACUUUCUCUCCUGAUGUUGUAAAGAAAAUGCCAAAAGCUGACCUUGUUGAGGAGAUUUGGAGAUUACAAGCUGCACUUAGUGAGCAAACUGAAAUUACCAAGUAUAGCCAGCAGGAAUUUGAAAGGCUUCAAAAUGAAAAGAUCCUUUGUCGAAUUUGCUUUGAAGAACAAAUAAAUGUCGUCUUGCUUCCGUGCAGGCAUCAUGCCCUUUGCAGCACUUGCUGUGAGAAGUGUAAACGGUGUCCCAUCUGCCGUGUUGCUAUUGAAGAGCGACUCCCUGUAUAUGAUGUCUAGUUUCAACCGACCUGAAGAAAGCCCAUGUAAAGCCACCUUCUUCUUCCUUCCAUUUUAAAUUUUAAUCAUUGCUUGUAAUUUUUUUACCAAGCAAGCACUGAUAAGCUAGCAAUUCUGGCAUCUCCCGAUCAUGUUAUCAAGAACUGUAAAUACAAUAACCCCAUGCACAAUUCAAUAAAGUUGCUGAUUUUGC